GGUUAUGAUCGAGAAUUAGAUUCAGAUCCAGAUGAUCCAAUAGCAUUUGAAGAACAAUUUAUACUUAAGAUGCCAGCUGGAGCAGAUUGUGAAAAGUUAAGAGAAUUAGUAGAAAAACGUAAGGAGAUUGAUUGUAAUACUGAGAAUGUGUUUAUGAAGUUUAAGGAUUCUAGAAGAGGAAUCUUUAAUAUUGGAAAGAAGAUGUUUGGGAUGAAAUUGGUGGAUUUACCUUGCAUUAUUGAAAGUCAAAAGACUUUUGAUAAUAAGCAUGUUUUCAAAGUAGCAGAUAUCUGUCAGAUGAUCCAGGUGGAUGACGUGCCUAUCACAGACGAACAAACCGUUUCUCAAGGGAAUUUCAACAUCGAAGACUUUAUCUACCCACAUGGGAUCACUCCACCACUCCAUCAUGUUCGAAAACGUCGGUUCCGUAAACGACUCAAUAAACGAACGAUUGAAACGGUCGAACGAGCGGUAGAACGACUGCUUGAGGAAGAUAGUCGAGCUGAUCAAGUGAUCAUUGACAUUGUAGACAAUGUGCGGGAUUUGAGUGACUCUGAAGGCGAAGAUUAUCAACCUCCAAGCUCAGCUACAGGUCUUGACGACCCCGGAACUGUUGGAUACGAAGAAGAUGACGAUGAAGGUAGUAUUGAUAGCGAUCUUGCAGCUGAGAUUGAAGCUGGAUUGAUGGAAGGGCCUGAAGAUGGAGACGAAGAAGAUGAUGAUAGUGAGGAUCUUUUUGGAAAUGGGGAUGAUGACGAUGACGAUGAUGAAGAUGAGGACGAUGAUGAUGAUGAGGAAGAAUCGAGUCAGACGAUACAAGACAAGCAACGGGUUAGAUUACUCCAGGGCGAGUUGAAGGAUCUAGAGGCUGCCAUCAAUCGGAAGAGAGGUGAAAUUGCAAAGGCUGCCAAUGUAAUAUUGAGGAAACGAUUCGAGGAAGCCCUCAAGAAACUUACCAUUGAACUUGAAUCAAAGAAAACUCAACUC